UAUAACGGUGCUCGGUAGCACGAGCGCAUGUGAGGGAGGGGCGCUUAAGCAGUGACGAAUCUCCGCAGUCAGCUGCUGUGAGUGCGAAGCACCGCUCUGCCAGAGACAGCAAGAGGAGAGGGAGGCGAAGAUAUAGCACACGGGCGAACACUCAGAGCAUCAUGGCACCAAUUGGAUUAAAGGCGGUCGUUGGCGAAAAGAUUAUGAAUGAUGUCAUCAAGAAGGUGAAGAAGAAGGGAGAAUGGAAGGCUUUGAUUGUGGACCAGCUCAGCAUGAGGAUGCUGUCCUCUUGCUGCAAAAUGACUGAUAUCAUGACAGAGGGCAUCACUAUUGUUGAAGACAUUAAUAAGCGAAGAGAGCCUCUCCCUUCAUUGGAGGCCAUUUACCUGAUCACCCCAACUGAGAAGUCUGUGCAGACUCUCGUCAGUGACUUCAAAGAUCCCCAUUCAGCGAAAUAUAAAGCGGCUCAUGUGUUCUUCACUGACUCUUGCCCGGACCCCCUGUUUAAUGAUGUGGUGAAGAGCCGUGCCUCCAAAACCAUUAAAACCCUAACUGAGAUCAACAUCGCCUUCCUGCCCUAUGAGUCCCAGGUGUUCUCCUUGGACAACCCUGAUGCCUUCCAGAGUUUCUACAGCCCUCAUAAGACACAGCUGAAGAACCCUGUGAUGGAACGGUUGGCAGAGCAGCUGGCGACACUGUGUGCCACACUGAAGGAAUACCCUGCCGUCCGAUACCGAGGGGAGUAUAAAGAUAACGCCACUCUGGCUCAGUUGCUUCAGGACAAACUGGACGCCUACAAGGCAGAUGAUCCCACAAUGGGGGAGGGUCCAGACAAGGCUCGCUCUCAGCUCAUUAUUCUGGACCGAGGUUUCGACCCUGUCUCUCCUGUCUUGCAUGAGCUCACCUUCCAGGCUAUGGCCUAUGACCUGCUGCCCAUCGAGAAUGAUGUCUACAAGUAUGAUACCAGUGGGAUGGGAGACUCCCGCGAGAAGGAAGUGCUACUGCAUGAAGACGAUGACCUCUGGGUGGCACUACGGCACAAACAUAUUGCUGAGGUCUCACAGGAGGUGACGCGCUCCCUGAAGGAGUUUUCUGCUAGUAAACGGAUGAAUACUGGGGAGAAGACCACCAUGAGGGACCUGUCUCAAAUGCUGAAGAAGAUGCCGCAGUACCAGAAAGAGCUCAGCAAGUACUCGACCCAUCUGCAGCUGGCCGAGGACUGCAUGAAGCACUACCAGGGAACCGUGGACAAGCUAUGCCGUGUAGAGCAGGAUCUCGCUAUGGGAACAGACGCAGAGGGCGAAAAGAUUAAAGACCCCAUGAGGGCCAUCGUGCCAAUCUUGCUGGACGCCAACGUCAGCACCUACGACAAGAUCCGCAUCAUCCUGCUCUACAUUUUCCUCAAGAAUGGGAUCACGGAGGAGAACCUUAACAAGCUGAUUCAACAUGCCCAGAUCCCUCCUGAGGACAGUGAGAUCAUCACCAAUAUGGCUCAUCUGGGUGUCCCAAUCAUCACGGAUUCUACUCUCCGCAGAGGCAAGAAGCUCGAUCGUAAGGAGCGUGUGAGCGAGCAGACCUACCAGCUUUCUCGCUGGACCCCACUCAUCAAGGACAUCAUGGAGGAUGUUAUCGAUGACAAGCUGGACACCAAACAUUAUCCGUACAUCUCAACACGCUCGUCCUCUUCCUUCAGCACUUCUGCAGUCAGUGCCCGAUAUGGCCACUGGCACAAGAACAAAACCCCUGGAGAGUACCGUACGGGCCCUCGCAUCAUGGUCUUCAUUAUUGGGGGCGCGUCCUUUAGCGAGAUGCGCUGUGCCUAUGAGGUCUCACAGGCUAAUGGCAAAUGGGAGGCCAUCGUUGGUUCGACCCAUAUCACCGGCCCCACCCCGCUUCUGGACGCCCUCAAGGCCAUGAACAAACCCGACGAGGAGCAGACAAGCUAAAAUCACAACUUCCUUCCCCCCAACCCCAUCACCCAGUUACCCUCUCCCUCCCUUCAUCCGUCGCCAUGUCGCACCCGCUCCUAUAUAAACUGUGUAUGCAUCUUGCUUGAGAGAAAAAGAAAAAAAAAAUAGAUGAUUGGUGACAAGUUAAAAAGAAUAUUCUAUAAAUUUAUAUAUAUUUAAUGUUGAAAUAAAAGAAUCAUUGCAAGUAUUCUUCUGUUUUACAAUGGAUGCAAAUGAUUAGACUGUCAAACUGAGUUUUCGUUUUGCCAUUUAAAAAUCUGAAAGUACCAAAUGUAAUAUUGUAUGUCAUGGAACCUGCUAGAAUGCGUAAAUGGUAGAUCACUUUUUGCGUUUGUUCCUUAUUUAACUUUGUGUUUUUUUUUAAUGGUUUAAAAGUGGUUGGGGGAGGGACUGGUUUGUAUGCAAAUAGACCAGUGAGGCAAAAUGAUGCAUAUCACUUCCUACACUGAAGGCUAAACUGCCACCCAGUUUAGAUGCUUGGGUUUAAUUGUUGUCUCAUUUUAGAUGUGCAUGCCAUGGAUGCUACUAUGUGGCCCUUUUGACAUGUUUUAAAAUGCUGGAAAAAUGCAAAAAAUUAUAUAAAAAACAUGUUCUGUAAAAAUGAAACAAUGAGCAUCUUCUGGGACUCCAGUGAUGAAGAGGAAGGAGGCCAAAGGAGUAACAGAUCAAAGCCUCAAUCUGUAAAAGUGAAAGAGACACUGUACAUAGAUAGCGGACGUCACCCCUCCUUCAGUCGCGAUUCCGGGAGCAUUUACUCCAUCUCCUUUUCACGUCUCCUUCUACAGAGACCUCAUGAUUUAGUGUGAAGAAGGCCGUUGCUUGCAGAUGUUUAAGGAAUUCAAAAAAAGGGCCAGUUGUAUUUCAGUAUUGUAUCUCGUCCGAUUAAGUCUUAUCAUUGGUUAGUAAACAAUGUUUAACU